CAUGGCGAAUAAUUUGACUAAAACUGUUGUCUUAUCCUCGCAGUCCUGGGGUCAGAUAACCGACCAAUCACAGCGAGCACAAUCAUUUUUCAUGCCAGUUUAGAAUAAUAUUAUUAAAAAAAAUAUAGAGAGAGAAAGUCAGCCAGGCAGAGGGUGAGCAGACUGAGCUGCUGGACUAUCUGGGAGCGUGUACAGGGAUCAACUUCACUCAGAAUUCUCAAAUCCACAGAAUUCUAAAGCGAACUGCAACAUUGUAACAGAAAGGGUGGCUUGGAAUCACUCACAGCUCGCUUGUUGUCGCCUACAGUUUGCAAUUCGCUCGAAUUCGGAGUUUAGUGAAUAAGCCCCAAGGACUUACAAAGUUUUCCCUUUGCAGCCUGGAGGAGUUAAAGCGGCCCUUGUGGCUCUGUGGCCGGUGGAUUGCCGUGAAAAGCCCAGAAUCUGGACAGGAAGCUGUUAAUCUUUGGAGCUGGAUGGUUCUAGCAGAGGGUUGGGGUGUCAGAGGGGACCAUGUCGAUGCUCCCCACUUUUGGCUUCACCCAGGAGCAAGUGGCCUGUGUGUGUGAGGUUCUGCAGCAAGGGGGUAACAUAGAGCGGCUGGGGCGCUUCCUGUGGUCCCUGCCAGCCUGUGAGCACCUCCACAAGAAUGAGAGUGUCCUGAAGGCCAAGGCGGUGGUGGCUUUCCACAGGGGCAAUUUUCGGGAGCUCUACAAGAUCCUGGAGAGCCACCAGUUCUCCCCCCAUAACCACCCCAAGCUGCAGCAGCUGUGGCUCAAGGCGCACUAUAUCGAGGCGGAGAAGCUGCGGGGGCGCCCCCUAGGGGCGGUGGGGAAGUACAGGGUGCGGAGGAAGUUCCCGCUGCCCCGCUCUAUCUGGGACGGCGAGGAGACCAGCUACUGCUUUAAGGAGAAGAGCCGGAGUGUGCUGAGGGAGUGGUACGCCCACAACCCCUAUCCAUCGCCUCGGGAGAAGCGGGAGCUGGCCGAGGCCACGGGGCUCACCACCACCCAGGUCAGCAACUGGUUCAAAAACCGGCGGCAGAGGGACCGGGCGGCCGAGGCCAAGGAAAGGUACGAGUAAGUACCCCUCCACUAUCACUAUACCAUAACAUACUGAGAUAUAUAGAAACUGCAACUCUCAUCAGGCUCAGCCAGUCAGAGGGAGAUGUGAUACUCCAUAUACAGAGAUAUAUAGGGACUGCAGCUCUCAGCAGGCUCAGCAUGUCACCGGGACAUGUCAUACUGCAUAAACUAAGAUAUCAUGUGAAUACAACUCUCAGCAGGCUCAGCCAGCCACAGGGACAUGUCAUACUACAUAAACAAAGAUAUCAUGUGACUGCAACACUCAGACAGUCACCGGGACAUGUCAUACUGCAAAAAACUAAGAUAUGAUAUGACUACUACUCUCAGCAGGCUCAGCCAGCCACAGGGAGAUGUAAUACUCAAUAUACAGAGAUAUAUAGGGACUGCACUCUCAGGAAGUUCAGCCAGCCACCGGGAGAUGUGAUACUCCAUCUAGUGAGAUAUCUAGGGACGGCAACUCUCAGGAGGCUCGGCCAGCCACAGAGAGGUGUAACUUAGUCUUACUUCAUUCACUCAGAUAUCUGGCUCAGAGAACUACUGAUAGGUGUUCUUCACUUUUACUCCAUACACUGAUAGGACACAUCUGGAGACUGCCACCGCCAUCAUGCUCUGCCAGCCUCACGAAAGUUUACUGCGGACUGACCAUAUUAAGCAGAUAGUAGCUCAUAGUUCCUAUUAAAUACAAAAGGGAGCAAUAAACACCGAAUGAAGUGAAAUCUGAAUUCAGGCUAAAUUAUCAAGCUGUGACAAGAGCUGACUUAGUAAUGGGGAAUAAUUUCACAUCAGAUGUGUUUGGCUGGAUUGUUCAGUUUGGUUUUCAAAUCACUGCACUUCGGUCAGUAGACAGACAGACAGACAGACAUAAUGUAUGAGUGUGUAUGUAUGUUUCAAAAGUUCGCAUUAUAUUAUAGAGAGUGUAGAAUCCUAAACUAAUGUUCAAUGAUAUAGCUUGUGUAUAAACUGCAUUAUACUUUACAUUUAUACAAAGCAAGUAAGUGGCAAUAAAUGAUAGCUUUCUAUUCACACAUUUUUAUUUAUAAACAAUAAAUAUAUAAAGGAACAGCAUUGUUAGAAUUGUUUGAAAAUAGAGAUGGUAAGCCGCCAUGUUAUAUUUUAUAAUGAGUAGAUGAAAUCUGGCUUUGGGUCUGUAUUUUAAAUUAAAAGAGUCAUCCUAAACUUAGAGAUCUUCCCCUCGUGUAGGCAAAAUACAACUUUUAAAUUAAACUUAAACUGAGGAUAUUUGUAUCAUAAUGUUUACAGAUAGACUAAAUGGAAAACAUGGGGCUGGAUAAUGUGACUGGAGAGUUUGUGGAAUUCUCAAUAAUAUGUUUACACCUUAGUACAUAAUGCUCUCUAUAUAGAUCAAUAUCCACUGUAAGAAACAUACUCUGUCUGUGGGUCAAGAUCAUCAUUCUAACUGACAGGUUCCAAGACCUCAGCCAUGCAUAUUGUCAGGGUUUCUUCCUCAACUCACAUCCAUAUGUCAACAUGGUUGGUCCUCCAUUCUUUAUCUAUUGCCUGCUGGGUAAAUAGGCCCCCUCAUUACAUCUGCAGGGAUCAUCACAAUCUCAUAGCACCUGACUGCAGGUCACAAGGCAAGCCUAUUAUCAAAUCAAAUAACUCAGCCCAGGCAAUAGUGACUACUGCUGUCACAGAGUUGAAAAGGCUGUAUUUACUAGAAAUGACUGCAAUCUAUACACAUUCUAGAGUCCCACAUCUGAAAUAAGUGGCAGUAUUGGAUGCCUGGCUUAUCAAUGCUUGAUACAUUUACAUCAUUUUCAGAAUCUCACACAGAGGUGAAACUGUAACACUGUAUACAGACAGCAUUCUGUUUCUAUCUUCACUUGUAACGUUCUGUAAAUCGUCGAAUGUUAGAAAAUACAUAUUGACAUUAUUUUAAAUUGCAAGACAUAGAAUCAUAACAGCCACGAUUAAUGUUCUAAUUAUGAAAUAAACUAUAAAAAUAGAAUAUUAGGUGCCACGACCAUUAGAAACAGAAAUAUAACUAUUGCAAACAGAAUAUUGCCAGCCACAUGUAUUAAGAUUAAAUGAAAACACAGAAUUUGAAAAGAUAAAAUGAAAACACUAUAUGCUUUCACAAGACACACACUGACUUUAAAAUGAAAUAUUAAUAUUAAACAUUGCUAGCCAGAAAUAAUGAUAUGUUUGUUAAACUUUUUUUUUUUUUAAUUGCUUGGAUUCACUUUGAAAAGUUUCAAUCAGUAAGUACUUUCUAUGCAAUCAAAUUACAUCUGUCCAACCACAGUUAUCACAAUCUGUGGAUUACAUUUCACAUUUUGUAUAAAAAAAAAUAAAAAAAUAUUUUCAUAUAUACUUUUGACUUAUAAAAUAUUGUAUUUUUAAACAGGGCAAAAAGCUUAAAGUUAACCAUUAUAAAUAGUCAAUUAAAAUACAGAUAUGUUUAGUUUUAAAACCGAUAUGUUUUCAUUAAUCAUUUCACAUCUCCUUUAUAGAUGCUAUUAAUUGGAAUUAUUGUUAAUUAAACUAAUAUUUAUUAUUCCAACGUAACUGCCUAAUAAAUUUUGCUAAGAUUCUGAUAAGGAUUUAAAUACUUUGGUAAUUAAUAAUGACAGUUCAUAGAAUUGAACACAAUUCAAUAAGCUAUGAACCAGAAAUUAAUAAACAAAUAAUGUACAAAGAUUAAUAAUACAUAUUUUUUUUUGUAUUUUUUUUUUUUUUUAAAUAUGCGGAUAAAAGUGGCGUCUAUAUGAAGUCAGUCUGGCCCACUGACACGAGUUUUGAUAUGGUAAAUAUAAAUUGUAACUUUUAAUCUCCACUGUAAUGAAAAUAUAGCAUAGCUCUUAUAAUCUAUAUAUUACAUGUGACCGGAUAGACUCCUAAUGAUGGGUAGUUAUAUUAUAUGAUCACAAUAAUACACAAAGCUACCUCUGUGUAUCCUAAUUACCCAUUCAGCCUGAAUUCAGAACCCAUUGUUACAGAACUUUUAAUUCAAUAUAUAAAUGAAAUGGGUAUUAGCUACUAAUUCCAAUUUACCCUACACUGAUUUAAUUAGCUCCAUCUAUUACAUACAUGUAUAGAAUUAUUCUUAUGAAAAUGUAGUGAAAUGCGUGUCUGUAUACAGUUGUGCGUGUGUGUGUAUGCAUAUUUAUUAUUUUGUGUGUAUCUGUGAGUGUGUUUAUAAAUGUAAAUUAAUCUCUAUUAUUGAACAGUAGCCUGCAGCAAUAAUUAUAAUUGUUAGUAAAGUCAAUUACGUUGAUGGCAAUCUUUCCUGUAAAUGGCAUAUUGAAAAAUCAUUGUAAACAACCCAUUAUAACACUGACCCUAAUAAAGGCUGAUUCAAUGCGUUACAUAACUCCAUGAUGGUUAUAUCGACUCUAAGCUUGGAUUUAUAUAAACUCACUGGGAUUCACAUAUUUAACCAAUAACGGGCCUAUAGCUAGUAUCAUAUAUAACCCACAAUGGACCUAUAAUCAAUUACUCAUAUUUAUUACCAAUGGAUUAAUAAUCAAGAGCUCAUAUUUAUAACCAAUGGAUUAAUAAUCAAUUACUUAUAUUUAUAUAACACAAUGGAUUUAAAAUAAACAAAUUAUUAAAGAAAAAUGAGAAAACGAAAGAAACAAAAUUGCUCAAUGGAAUUGUUAAUUUGAAGGGUCAUUUUAAUAAUAAAUUAAAUUGACUUGAAAAUGUGUGCAGUCUAAUGAAAACUUUAAAAAAAUAGAAAUUAAUUUAUAAAAAACAAACAAAAAAAUAUAAUUCAAAAUAAUUGAUCCGAUUAAUUCCCAAAUCCUUUCCUGUUAUCUGACACGUUACUGUGAAAGCCUAGCUAUGUGAAUUAUCCCAUAUGGAUUGGCAGAACUUGGCAUAUAAACUAGGAUAUAAAACAGGCUAUUUAAUAAAGAAAAAUGGUGGGACAUUGGCAAAAAAAAUAAAAAAUAAAAAUAAAAACCAACAAAACUAAGAUUACAGGCGAAGACAAUUAAACUAGAAAAUUAAUUGAGUUGGGGAUCUUUUUAACUGACCAUUUUAUAUCCCCUUGUUAUGUCUCCACAAUGUUUAGUUUUCGAAAGGAUCCCCAAAGCAGAUUAAAUUGAGGGAUAUUUGAUAAAAAGAAUCACAUGGUGAAAAACCUUCGCUUUUAGUUAAGUCAACAAUCGAGUAUAACAUUGUAUAUCUUUCUACAAAGACAACAUAUAUAACAACAUAUAUCACUGAUUAAUAUUCUAAUGAAUGUCUUUCCAUAAAAGGGCCAUGUAGAAUGCCCUUAUCAAUAUAUAUCAUUCUCCAAAGACAAGGGGCAUACUUAUUAUUAUUAUUAUUAUUAUUAUUAUUUAACUUCUAUAAAUAAAACGCAUUAUAUUCUGAUGGUAUUAUUGAAUAAUUCAUUAUAGAAUCUCAAAGUUUAGAAUAUUAUAGAUCAGCUAGAAAAGCAGAUUGGGCCUAAAAUUUGCAAUUUCUUAAAUUUUUCAUAAUUCACUAUUUAGUGAAUAACUACCCAUUUUGUAGUUUGAUGGGAAAAGUAACUGAAAUAUUCCUCUCAGAUGAUCCAGCAUUUCUGUCUUAAUAUCAGAUAAUUAUUAAUACUUAAAUAAUUAUUACUCAUCUCUGCAAAUACCAAGGGCAUAUCUACUAAAUGGUGACUUUUGGCAAAUUGAGCAAAGAAACUGUCUCGAAAUAGAAAUAAAAACAUAUGUAGCUUUCCUAAAUUUGAGCUAAUUCUCGACUCUCCAAUGCCAAAAUAUAUUUUGUGUAAAGCCCAUCCCUAUCACUGUUUACUGCAUGACUUGUAAAAACCAUCGGGGUGUAUUCAUUAACGAUGAAUUGUAUCGAAUUGUAAACCGAACUACAACAUAUUGACCGAAAUAAUAAAAUUCCCUAGCUCGGUUAGUGUCACUAGCUGGUGUUUGGUUUUAUUGUCCUGUUAUGUUCAAUAAAUCAGGUAAACAACCCAUUCUGAAGCUAUAGGGGGGGAGGGGGGUAACACCUAGGUCUUCUGAGUGUUAUUGCCAGCCUUGGAGAUAUCUGCAUUAAGUUAUGGGUGAUAUAUUUCUCUGUGAUAGUAGAAUCAAUCUAUCCCCAGAUUUCAGUCACUCCAAACGGUGGUUGUGAGUGAUGGGAAUUACGAUUAACUAUAGCUGUUGAUGUCCUGAUUGCAAGAACAUAUCCGUGGCAAAAGAUAGCCCCCAACUAUUCUAGUGCUACCACUCCCAUCAUGCGUUACCAGCUCUAAGGCAUCCCCUCUUGGGAGUUGUAAUCAGAGUAGACCUUGGAGGUUUAGUAUGAUUACAAAAUGUGUGGUUUGUUACAAUGAAUGCAACUCUCAGCAAGCAGACCUAGGAUGGAUGUGAGUGACAGGGGUUGCACUUUCUAAUUUGUAGAGUCUCCUUGCAGCCCCAUGUUCUGAAGGCUGUCUGUCCAUUCUUUUAAAUGGAGAGGAGAUAAUGGAAACCCACCAUUUUGGGGCAAAGUUCUAAACGUGGAGCAAUCAGGGGCAACGUUCUAUUGGUUUCCAUGGUGAUUGUUCCACAUUUAGAACGUUGUCUCAGUGUCCCAAAGCCUUACACGCCAACUGCUCUGCGACUGUAAGGCUAAGCAUAGUGGGGGUUUAGUUCCCAGCAAUGCCCGAUAUCACCGAUAUGUCUGUAUGUUAUAAGGCUGUCUAGGGGCUGAUGGGCUGCUAGUUAUGUAAUUUUACUGACAAAGAAUGACCUUAGAUGAUGAGAGUUGUAAUCCAAAACAAAAGUUGCUUAUUGUAAAAAGCCUGUAAAUCAUAGUCAUUAAUAAACGUUUUGUUUGAAUUAUUGUUUAUUUUAUAAUUUAUUUCUCUUUAAGGGAGAAUAACGAAAACUCAAACUCGAACAGUCACAACGCGUUAUCGUCAUCCAUGAAUGGCAGUAAAACGGUUUUGGGAAGUUCAGAUGAUGACAAAACUCCAUCCGGGACCCCAGAUCACACCUCGUCCAGCCCGGGCUUACUGCUCAGCUCCUCCAACCCUGGGCUCCAGGCUCUCCAUGGGAUGGGCCACCCUCAGGGACCCAGUGCCAUCCCAGUGCCAGGGGCUGACGUCAUGCACCACCACACUUUGCAAGACUCAAUUCUCAACCCAAUGUCCUCCAACCUGGUAGACCUGGGCUCCUAAAACUCAGAACAAUAUUUAAGACACCUAAGAGAAAUCCCCCCACCUGUGGACCCUUACUCCACUCAAGGAUGGAUAAUCUGAUAGACUUGUUUGAAGGUACUGUAGACCACAUUACCUGUGCCACUUGGGACUGGAAAGACUUAACCGAGAUGUUUUUAUUUUCACCAUAUAAACAAUGAACCCAAAGUAUUACACAAAGGGCCAUGCAAUGUAUUAACCCUUGAAGUGACAGAGGGGUGAGUAACAUGGUAGAAUUCUCAAUGGUAUUCACAUCAAUCCAAAUCAUGACAACAACAGGUCAUAUCUUUAUGCAAGAGUUCCUGCAGGUACCUGACUUUUGAUGAAUUAUUUCAAUCCAAUAAAAUAAGACUAUAACUUUGAAUGACUGUUCUUAGGUUAUCAAUACACUCGUAAAGGCACGUUGAUAGUGUUACAUCAUAUGGCUAUAAAUAUAUCUAUCUAUGUAAAAGCCAAUAGUGCUAGGCCCUUGCUACCAGAAAUAUACAGACAGUUCCAGUAAUUAAUUAGUGAUGGGUCGUGCUAAUCCCCAGGACAAUCUCUACAACAGAACUUUCCUUUAACCAUUUCAGUGCCUCGGAGAGGGGGGUUGGUCACUCCUCAAGCACUGGAAAGUUAACCCCUUAAUCACCACUCAGGGUGAAAGAAACAGAUAUUUUGCAAUUGUUACAUAUUUGUUGAUAAGGUCAUCUGGCCAUUUUUUUUGGUUUUUUUGUUUCAUGUUUAUAUUAUGUGAAUAAACCCUUUGGAAAAUAUCCUUGCUUUUAUUUUAUAAUAAAAAAAGAGAAAUAAUGAAAAUAGAAAAAGUG